GCGGGCAGGGCGGCCAUCCCGGGCAAUGCGGGCAAUGCCGGCAGCUGCGAACAUUCCAGGUGCUCCGGGCGUCCCGCGGGCUGCGGGCAUCCCGAGCUCUGCGGGCACCCCGGGCUCCACGGGCAUCCCGGGGUUUGUGGGUAUCCCGGGCUCCACGGGCAUCCUCGGGGUUUGUGGGCAUCCACGGCCGUCCGAGGGCUGUGGAUAGGCUGGACUCCGUGGGCAUCCCGGGCUCUGCAGGCACCCCAGGCUGCUCGGGCAUCCUGGUACAGUGGGUAUUCCAGGGACUGCGGGCAUCCCGGGCUGCUCGGGCAUCCCAGGGACUGCGGGUAUCCUAUCCCAGCCUCCAGGAUCCAUGGGCAUGCUGGGGUCUCUGGGCAUCCCAGGCUCCGUGGGCAGCUUGGGGGCUGUGGGCAUCCCCGGGUCCGUGGGUGUCCCAGGUGCUCUGGGUGUGCUGCGCUCCGUGGGCAUCUCGGGCUCUCUGAGCACCCUGGGCACUGCAGCCAUCCCGGGUUCCAGGGGCAUCCCAGCCCCUGUGAGCAUCCCAGGCACUGCAGCCUCCCCGGGCACUGCAGGCUUCCCAGGCUCCAGGGGCAUCCCGGGCACUGCGGGCAUUCCAGCUGCCGUGGGCAUCUCGGGUGCUGUGGGCAUCCUGGGCACCCUCAGCAUCCCGGGCACUGUGGGCAUCCCAGGCUCCAUGGGAUUCCCAGGUUUCAUGGGCAUCCCAGGCUCCAUGGGCACCCCAGGCACCGCAGGUGUCCCGGGAACCGUGGGCAUCCCAGGUGCCACGGGCUCCAUGAGCAUCCCUGGGCAAUCCAGGAGCCCUCCGUGCCCCAGGAAUGCUGGGCACUCCCGGAUCCCAGGAUGUGCCCCCGGGUGCCCCCAAUGCCCUGGGGCUCCUUGGGCCUCUGGGUACCCCCUACCCCUUGUCCCCUGGGUGUCCUGGGACUCCCGUGGAGCUCAGCUGGGAGGGGCUUGUGCUGUGCCAGCAGGGAUGGCCCCUGGCACCCCCUUCCCUGCCCUCCUGGGGGGCUCAGGGCUCCAUGAACCCCAUUCCCUGCUGUCCUGGGGGGCUCAGGGCUCUGCCCACCUCAUCCCCUUCUUUCUGGGAUGCUCACCACAUUCCCUGCCUUUCCAAGGGGCUCAGGGCUCCAUGAACCCCAUUCCCUGCCAUCCUGGGGGUCUCUGUGUCCCUUGUGUCCCCCUCUCUGUGCCCAGAGGGGUCUUGGCUGCAGUGUGGGACAGUGUCACCCCUGUCCCCAGCUCCUGCACUGUGGGGUCUGGGGGGUCGGUAGUGGGGGGGACUUAAGCCUUGGUGGGUCCCUGGGAUGCCCCCAAAGCUCUGGGAUGUUUGAAAACUGACAGGGACCCCCCAGAGGCUCCCCCGGCCCCAUCCCAUCCCAGCCACAGGGGGUGGGUCUGGAGCCCCCGGGGAGUGGCUGGACAGGGGGUCCCACCUGGCCCCGGGGGGCAGUGCCAGGGUGGGGGGCUGGGGGGUCCAAGCUGGGGUGUAGGGGGAUGCUGGGCUUGUCCCUGUUAUCCCACAACCCCCCCGGGACCCCCGUG